AACCGUUUUUUAUUUAGAAAACUAUUUUUGGGUCGGUCGUUAUUGUACCCUGACGAAUUUAUUUAGAUUUUAAUGAAAAUAAACACUGUGAAUCGUUAGCCUACGCCUAUAAUAUAAUUUAUGCGUUCAUUUACAAUUAGACUUUUCAAGAUUUACUGAUUAUAGAAAUGGACACAUCAAAUAAUGACGAGUAUUUCGUGACUGCACUGCAAAUAUUUGAUUACUGUGGAGCUGAUAGUUCAAGUACAUUACGUGUUGAUGCGCUGAUGGAUAAAUUCGCUCCUUUCAUUAAAACGAACAAGUCAGAAUAUAGUCACCUGAAAUCAAUACUGGAUCCUGACCAUGACAAUCCAGAAAUAAAUGUGGCAAUGUUGGCGAAGGCGCUGAACAAGUAUAGUGAAAGCCAGAAAAUAAAAGUUGAUCUUGAUGAAAGUUUCAAUUUGAAGACUGGGCAGGCACCACAUGAUUCUGACUCAGGAAUAUCUACAGAUGGUUUCCAACUGCUGGAGGAGUUGCAAUGCGAGCUGCGCGAGAAGACGCACCUGGCUGCCCAACUGCGCGGUCAGCUGGAGUUCACCGACCGGCAGCAUGAGGAAGCGCUCGCCGCCAUAACUGCCGAGCGAGAUUCUCUGCGUGCACACCUCAACAUGCUCCGCGACGAGAACAUGAACUUGUCGCACGUGCGGCGUGAUUACGAGGAGGCGUGUGAGCGGCUCAGCAGCAGCGAGCAAGCCCUAGGCCGCACCCGCCGCGACCUUGAUACCGCCUCGCGCCGCGCCGGCCGCCUGCAGCAACACGUCGCCGCGCUCGAAAGCGAGAAACAAAUCCUACAAGAGCUGUUGACCAAAUCAAAAGAAGAAUGCCACCGCAUCAACGAGAUGUAUGCUAGCAGACAAUCGUCCCUGCUAGAAGAGAAUGAAACUCUCAAAACAGAACACGCGGACCUCGCCUCGCGGCUGCAAGAUCAGGAGGAAUUUAUGCAACAGUUGAUAAAGGAAAAGGUACAUCUGGAAAUGGAGUUGACUGAUAUGUUGAACAAAUCCAACCAGACCCAGCAGAGAAUAGACCGGUCCAUAGACAUCAGUUACACAGAGGAUCAGAUGUUGAACGCACUCGACAGUCUCAAUGCCGAUAGUCGAUUCUCACAAGACAACCGUUUGUUAGACGAAGAAUCAUUUGUAAACGCUUUAAAAGAGGACCAAGGGCGCGCGACCAACAUGUCGCUGUUCGACGAAAUACGACUGAGCUUUUGCAACAAAUCGCGUGUUAAUUACAUAGACUUCAGCACCACCUGUGAUAAAUGUAAAGAAACAUUUGACAAGUCACUGACCACUGUAGGCACACAAACGGACGACGAUCUUGUGGAUAAAAUAUAUAAUAAAAUAUCUAGUCGUGUUCAUAUUCGAAAUGAUAUAUGCAAUGUUGAAGUUCAAACAGAAGUCUGUGAUUGUUCAUUAAAAUCAUAUUAUAAUGUCACAACACAGACUCAAUUCUGCAGCGCAUUUAAUUUACAUGCAGACAUAGCUAUACAAAAUGAUCGUAAAUUAAAAUCCCGCCAAAAUACGGCUAUACAAACAGACGAUACAAAUAAUAAUCAUUCUGGACCCUGUACGAACUGUGCUAAGUGCGAAAAUAUGAUAGCACACGCUGCGAAAUUAGAAAGUGACAUUCUAAAAUCACAAAGCACCGUAACAGCUAUACAGAUCGACUUUGACGGGUACGAGAAUAACCUGAACGUUAUACAGAGUUUAGUCGCCAAGGAGAAUGAUAGAAAUAUAUACCUACAAUCCACUGUAGACAGUCUGCAGUCCAAGUUAGUUAUAUUAGAAGAUCUGUGUGCCAAUCAAAGAGAUAGGAUCACCAGCCUAAUGUCUGAUACGUGCUCAGUUCGUAGCCAAACAAACAGCUUCAUGUGUGAUACCUGUACCGCGCAAAGCCAAACUGAAUUUGAUACGGCAUCUGUGGGGACACAAGCGCAGGUGCCUUGUGUGGAGUGUGAAAAACGCAAAGCUGUCGCGUCGCAUAAAAAUGUUAAGAAGUACCUCUGGGAGCCGCUAAAAUGUUUGUUUCAAUUAUUCGCCGUGAUCUGCUUUAUAUGCGCGGUGUGUCUGCUAUACGGCGUGGUGCGCCGACGCGACUCCUGCAUAACCAGGGGCUCCGGUGACGGCCGCGGAGCCCUGCCUUGGCGCUGGCUACAACCGCAAGACCUCAUGGAUCUGUUACUACGCAUUGAGUACGUCGCAGAGGUUCCCAUGUGAGCACCCACCUUCCUGCUUAUAUUGUCUUACAUCCAAUCACAGUGUGAGUGUUUUGAAAUUUUUCAAAAGGUUUUGUAAUAAAUAUUACCUAUUAUGAAAUGUUAUUCUUAAAAUUCACUAAUAUAGUAAAAUAAUAUUUCGUAGUAUGGUAAGAUUAACUGGAACGAUUUUCUUUAUCUAACUUAUAAUCCUAAGCGACUACAAGGGGUGAAUAUUUAAUAUACUUAAAAUAAUUUAUUAUUAUUAAUAUUUUUGUAUGUACCUUAGUUGACUGAUGGAAAAUGUCUUAUGGUGUUAUGUCCACUAUAUAUAUACGUAUACAUGAAUAUUAAUAAAUAAAUAUUUACUCUAAGCAAAAAUAAACGCAUAUUAAAGAUUUAUAUACGAAAAUCAUACUUCUUGAUACAUAUACCGAUAGUUAAUGAUGUAGGUUAGUUCCAUGAGAAAAGGAAAAAACAUAUAAAAUGCUUAUGAAUUAUAGAGGUCUAAUAUUAAAUAUUAUAUUUUUUCAAUUUGGCGUAGGUAGAUAGAUAUGUAAUUGACAUGCAUUACUUACGGCACACAAAUAACAAAUAUAGGUACAUACACAAAGAAAAUAAAAAUAAAGGAAUAAAUAUACAAAAAAAAAAUAUAUAAAAGAGGUAUAAUUUGUGAAUUUAUUGCUUUGUCCUCAAAAGAGCGAAACACUGAUAUUCUGUUGUGGCUAAAAGUAAAAAAAAUACGCCCCCCCCCCCCCCCCCCCUUAGGAUGAAAUAAGUAAGUUUUAGAAAAUUAUAUUCAAAAGUUGGUCUCAUUGAAUAUUUCUGUGUGAGUGUUACAUUAAAGAGACUGUUUAUUGUAAAUUAGCUUAUUUGUCUGUAAUGCGUAACGAUAUGUAGAAUGCGUAUUUUUUACAAUUUUGUAUAAUUUAACCAAGGAUUCAUAGAUAAAAAUGACUCGAAUAACUUUGCUAGGUUUCAUAAGGCGUUGAAGUCAUUAAAAAAAUAAAUAAUAAUAAGCAUAUAUUGUACUAGUCCUAAUGAAUGUACUCAAAUAUUUGCCACAUGGUACUGUUUCUUUCGUGGCGUAAUUGGAAACGCUCAAGUUAGAUAGAUCAGUGACUUGAGUUCUGUUCGUUACAUGGAUGAUAAUUUUUUUGCAAUAAAAUUUAUUUUUAAAUAUAAUGUAAUGGAAUUUAUAUAUAUAGUAUAUAUUUACAUUUAUAUACAUAAAAUAUAGUACGUCAAAUAUUAUAGAAGAUCCGUUAAAAUGAAACCUUAUAUAAAGUGCGUAUUUGCACAUGAAUGAUUAAAAACUUCCUUACUAUUGGUUUUAUUCUUUAUUUCACUUACAUUUGAAAAAAAAAUAUAAGAUAUAAUUUUUAAAUGAUUUUUCAAGUCGGUAAAAUUAUAUUACUUGAAAGUGUAAGUUUUUUAUGUGGUGAUAAAAUAAUAUGUUAACCAUUAUAUGUUCCAUGUUCAUAGACAAUGUGACGUAGAACCAAAAGAGGAUCACACGCUUAACCAUAGACUAUAUGUAGCUUUUAAAUAAAAUAAAAUGUGAUGGUCUGCCAGAUUUAUAUUACAUACUAAAAUGUUAUAUCGUUCAUAUUUUGACUUAUAUAUAUAUAUUUAAAUUUCUGUAACCAUGUUCUGUGAAUAAAUAAGCCAAAUAUGUUAGUAUAAUAACCAAAUAUCAUAAAUAUUGAUACAAAUGCGUGAAAUUACUAUUAAUUUUAAUUAUAAUUAGAUGUCUAAGAUACUGAAGCGUCAAGUAAAUGGUUUGUCAAAUUUAGACAAUUCAAACUUCAAUUUAGACUCUUUUCCAAUUCUAUUUCUAUAUUCUAAUUCUCUUUUCCAAUAUAUUUUUAAAAAUUUAAAUAUUGACAAUUUAAUUGAUCGUUUACUGACUACUUAAUAACUCUUAAGGUACACUUACACGGGCAACUUAUUUGCACUGUCUUGGGUAAUAUUUCUUAAUUAUGAUGUUCAUACCAACAUUGAAAACCCAAGAUUCUAGAUAUUCCCCCUCCCCUGUAUUUAUUUUCAUAAAUACUGCUAUGUAAGAUAAUGUUUUAAUGUACUGACAUGAAUAUACUACAAAUAGCAACCAAUUUACUGCGAAGUCAACAGGUAACAACUGUUCCUAAAAUAUACACACUAAUACUGAAAAAUAUAGAGCAAUUAAAUAAAUAAUUAUAUCAAAAACUUACUCAUGUAUAUGUCUUUGAUGCGCUGAGACUUAUUUUUUUAAGUAAUUUUAGGCAAUAAUUGCCAAUUGUUAUUAGAUCACUUUUUAUUGAACUGGCAAUAUCUCUAGCAUAAUCGAAUCGUAGUAUAAAUAAUUCUAUUUUACUAAUCGUCCAUCGAAAACAUCAAUACAGCAAUUCGUCCCGAAUUGUCAUACAAUCAUUCGGAACACCAAAAGCGUUCGAACUUACUGGUUGUUCUUAGUGAUUGAAUGUUGGCACCGAACACAAAUUGUUUAGCGUUGUCGUGACGUCAUAAUUUACAGAUAUUUCCCAGGGUUGCUCAAUUUAUAUUGUCCAUUUCAGAGUGCUUCUAUAUGUUAGUGACGGCUUUGGGUACCUUGAUUAUAGUCAAAGGUUUCUUCGACACACAAUUUUGUUUGGCUAUAAUAAAUAAUAAAUAAAUAAAUUCUUUAAUCAAGGCAACCAGGGCCUACAAAAUUUUAACCAUAUUAGUUUGCACCAAAUAUAAAUUAUUAAAUCAAAUUUUGACACUUAUAAUAAAUAACAAUAUCUUAACCUACUUUUUUUGUAUGUUAGCCAGCAUGUGAAUCAUUCUGCAACGAUUCAAAUACUGGCAGUCUGGACGGUCCGCAAAUACCCUAAGGAUAGUUAUGCCAGCAGAUUUUGUGUUAGCGAAGUUUUGCUCAUAUAUAAGAGCUCAUGUAGUAAAAUGUAAUAAGUUUUAAUAUUAAAUAUAUAAAUUUCUCAUUGUUUAGUUAUAAUAAUUCAUAUUCUACUUAUUUGAAAUAAAAAUUUGAUUACAAUUAUUUAAUAAUUCUUCUUGUGAAUGCAAGAAGUGAUGUGACGAAGUGUGUAAAUGAAUUUAGAGCUUCUAAAAUUUUAUAUAAAAAAAAUUACUAUGAUUUUUUUCCUUAAUUAGUAUUUUAAUAUAAUAGUUUAAUUGUUAUUUACUUACCUACUAAAAUUCUAAAUUAAGUCAUAAUAGUUAUAAAAGUGUUAAAUUUAAUUCCUCUUUUUUUAAAGAGAUGUGACUUUUUAGUAUAUUUGUUAUUUUAAUGCAUGUUGCUUUUCAAAGUGUUUUAUUACUAAACUUUUGAGUGCUUCUAUUUUAAUAGUUUAUAGCAUAGAUUUUAUAAAUGGCAUGAUUUUUUUAUAACUGAACGCUUAUUUUAUUUGACAUAAAAGAAAUUUAACUUUUUUUUCCUUAUUAUUUCUUUGCCAAUUUUUUUUUAUAUUAUUGUUUUUACGAUUUAAAAUUAUCAGACAAUUAGUAUGUUCGUGAAUAUGUAAUACCAAUUUCAUUUUUUUUUGUGUGCUCCCAUUAAUUUCCUUUAUAUAUAUUUGUGUGUCAAAUAAUUUGUGACAUAAAUACAUACUAUUUUAAUAUAUAAAAUAUUACAUAUAUUUUUAACAUGGUUGUAAUAAUAAUAGGCAUUGGUAUAAUUAAAAAUAUUGCCCGUAAGCGUGAGGGGGCGGGGGCUUCCAAUUAGCUCCCUCCUUCCCUCUCCCCGCCCCUAUAUAUUCUUAUGAUAAUUGGCAUAAAUUGAAAAUCGUGCAUUCAUCAUGAAAGAUUAAAUAAUCCCUGUGAUAAUUCAGUGCCAGUAAAAUUAAGAUUUUAGAUUCGAAUUAUGCAUACCAAUCGACUAUAGUUUCAGUUUGACCAUUUGUGGCAGAUUCCUAUCAAUAUUUACUUUUAAAAAAGAUGUCUCUAUUGAAAAUUCAUAUAGAUAAUUUGAAUUUUCUUGGAAUUCUUUAAAUCUGUCAAAAUUUUGUAAAUCAUCAACAUAACACUGCCACAGACAAAAUUUUGGAGCUAAAUUUGGCAAAAUGGCAGCGAUCUGCCAUAGAUGGUCACGCUAUGUAGUUUUGGUACAUUUAAGAUUUUAAUAUUUUGUGACAUUAUACAAUUGUAUUAGAAAGACUGAGUUCCUAUUUCAACAUUUAAAAAUAUAUUCUAAUUAUAUAUUUACCAAUGUUCACUUUUAAAUACUUAAUAUGUAAAAACCAUUCUUUUACAAUUGACUAAAAUGAAAUGUAAAAAACUUAGUAAUAAAUUGACUUUGUACUAACAUUAUUAUAAGUAAAAUUUUACUCGUAAUUCUUUUUAUAAUUAGGGAAUAAUUUGUGUUAGUUUAUGUGGCAUUUCGUUUAAUAACAUAGCAUUUAUAUUGUGCAUUUAUUUUAGCGCUUUGAUAAGUUUUAUGAGUCUUAUAGGAAACUGCCAAAAUUGAAAGUAUCUAGCCAAGCCUUGACGCAAAAGAGAUCAAGUAAGUGGUCUCUUUUAACAAGUUUUUAUAGAUUAGUUUAUAUUGCUAUGUUCACUCAGAGCAAGGGUCUUAAAAAUGCAGUUAAUUUGCCUUGUUUUUCCAUGGCAAAGUAAUCUGCAUAAUUUAUAGAAUUGUAGUCGAAAAUUUGUUAAAAAUUUUCAAUAUUUCUGCAUAUUUUUUAAUUAUAAUUCUCAUCUUCACGGUUAUAAUUUUAUUUAUUUAUUUAUUAUUUAACUCUUUAUUGCACCAUAAAUAAAAAUAUAAAAUGUAAAUAGACAAGUGAAUAAUUAUAGCGAAAUACAGUAACAUAAAUACAGAUUGUUUUCAAAAUUGUUUGCGAAUAUUUAAGUGUAAAAUCCAGAUAUGUAUUAAUCAUUUGAUGUUAUGUUUAGUUGAUGUUUUUAUCUAUGCAACGGUUAGUUCACUACAUAAUAACAUUAAAUUUAUAAUAAUAAUAAAUAAAUCCAAAUUAUUAAUUUAUAGUGCGUCUAUUCUGUAGUGCUAUUGGGGUCGAUUCUGAGGUGUCAUUCCUCUAAACCGAUCUUCACAGAAUUUCAAUUUAAUAUCACAGUGAAAUCUUUAUUGUAAAGAUCAGUAUCAACUAGUUUUCUAAUACAUUUACUUUAAAAUUAUUGUAAUUUUAGUUUAUGAGUGCCCUAUUCAAGACACUUUCUUUCACGCACGCUUACACUUUGGAAUAAUUUUUCAGCAGCAGUAUUUUCGAACCGAUAUGACAUCUAAUUUUCAAGAAAAGAGAAUAUUCCUUUUUAUAAGGCCGGCAGCACACCUGCAAUGCUUCUGCUGUUGCGGGUGCUCAUAGAGGCGGUAUUCACUUACCAUCAGGCGGACCACAUGCUCGUUUGUCCCCUGUUAUAAAAAAAAAGAUGGGUCCAUAAAGCGGUAUUUACGCGAAAUUUUAAAAUUAAAAUAUUAGGGUGAAAACUAAUUUUAUAUAUUUAUAUUUAAAAUAUAAAAUUUAUAUAUUUUAUAUAAAUAAAUUAUAUAAAUUUAUAUUUAGAAAAAUGGCAACCUAAAUUCUACCUUCAAUAUCUAUCUCAAUCUCUAAAACUUAUAUUUCAAUAUUAAAGUGAAACCAUUAUAGUGAGGACCAAUAUAAACUAAAUUUACAAAAAUAUGAGUCUAAAUUACAUUAAAGUGCGUUCUCGUUGAUUUCCCUAACAGAAUAAUUACGAUACAUUACCAUUUCGAAAUUCAAAUUUCGAAAAUAGAGGGUGGUACUUCAGAAUUGAUAUCAAUGUAUGUGAAACAGUUCUCAUAAUAUAUACUACUCUUCAUAUGUAAAUAGAUUUUAUAUAACAUAUUUUGCAAUAACACAUUUUAAGUUUAGUAAGAGUUUAAAUCACUAGUUAUGUUUCUACACAGAUUUACAAAUGGCGUUUAAUAUUUGUAAUCGCUACGAUUUUAACAUUGUUUUUUAACUACCUAGUCCCUAAAUGUAAACAUUUUAUUACUUUGUCCUAAUAAUAAUUCAUUAUAAUCUUUUUUGACUGGUAAAAAACUAUACAAUGGAACAUAUAAUCUCGUCCUUUUUGAAGUCGGUUAAAAAGUUCAAAGUACUAAAAUAUCUCCCACAAUCAUUGUUUUAAUAAAUAUCUUGUUUGCCACUGCUCAUUUAGAUUCGGUUGUGAACUAGUAUAAAUUUUGUAAUAUUUUAUAGAAUCUGUUUAUGUGAAUUUGUCCGAAUAAUAAAGAGAUCUUAAUAAUAAA